ACGUUGCCAGCGGGGAGCAGCACAAACAGACAGGGGGUCCAGGCGGAGAUUUGCAUGUGGCACCCUCUCCGCGGACCCAGACAGGUCCAGGUCUCUGCAGACGUCACUGCUCGAUUGGUCUUUGUUUUCUCUCCACCUCCCGGAGGAGGAAUAGGCUACAAGUUUAUCCUGAAGCCAGGGGACGGGACGGUCGGGCUCCUCCGCCGCUGCUCUCCUCCGUCCGCGGGCGCUGCAACUCGACUUUCUCCUCUGCAUGGUGGACGUGCUGCUCAACGCUUCUUUCUUGGAUGAUAUGGGGGAUCAUUCAAAAAAGAAGUCGGGAAUCGCAAUGUGCGUGGGCUGUGGAAGUCAGAUACACGACCAGUACAUCCUGAGAGUGUCCCCGGACCUGGAGUGGCACGCAGCCUGCCUCAAGUGUGCAGAGUGCAACCAGUACCUGGACGAGACGUGCACUUGCUUCGUCCGGGACGGCAAGACUUACUGUAAAAGAGAUUAUGCAAGAUUGUUUGGCAUCAAAUGCGCAAAAUGUGACAUGGGCUUCUGCAGCAGCGACCUGGUGAUGAGGGCCCGCGGCAACGUGUAUCACAUGGAGUGUUUUCGGUGCUCGGUGUGCAGCCGGCACCUCCUGCCGGGGGACGAGUUCUCGCUGCGGGACGACGAGCUGCUGUGCCGGGCCGACCACGGCUUGUUGGUGGAGCGGUCCUCGGCAGGGAGCCCGCUGAGCCCGGGGAACGUUCACACCAGACCGCUGCACAUCGCAGAUCCCAUUUCGGUCCGGCACCCACCUCACCACCGCAACCACGUCCACAAGCAGUCGGAGAAGACCACCCGGGUGCGGACGGUGCUGAACGAGAAGCAGCUGCACACGCUGCGGACCUGCUACAACGCCAACCCGAGGCCCGACGCGCUGAUGAAGGAGCAGCUGGUGGAGAUGACCGGCCUGAGCCCCAGGGUGAUCCGCGUCUGGUUUCAGAACAAGCGCUGCAAGGACAAGAAGAAGUCCAUCCUGAUGAAGCAGCUCCAGCAGCAGCAGCAGAGCGACAAAACCAACCUGCAGGGCCUGACGGGCACUCCUCUGGUGGCCGGCAGUCCGAUCCGGCACGACAACACCGUGCAGGGGAAUCCGGUGGAGGUGCAGACCUACCAGCCUCCGUGGAAGAGCCUCAGCGACUUUGCCCUGCAGACCGACCUGGAUCAGCCUGCUUUCCAGCAACUGGUUUCUUUCUCCGAGUCGGGCUCUCUGGGAAACUCCUCGGGCAGCGACGUGACCUCCCUGUCGUCUCAGUUACCGGACACACCGAACAGCAUGGUUCCCAGUCCCGUCGACACGUGAGGAGGCAGCGGGGGUCAGCUGGAGGCCCGCCGCCGCCGCAUCAUCAUCCUCCUCCUCUUCCUCAUCAUCAUCAUCCCCCACAAAGGAAGGCGCAAAAAGACGCCGCCUGACUGUUCAAUGGACCAGGGGAUGGAUUAUUCUGCAGGAUACCUUCAUGCAGGUCCAAACCUGGGAGGACUUGGAGGUCUAGAAAUGCUUCCUGGAUACACAGCUGUAGAUGAACACGAGGGGCUUCCUGAGAAAGAGAAAGAGAAAAGUCGUGCCAAUAGGUACCUGGAUAUAUACUGGGAAGGAUGCGAUGGGAUUUGAAGCACAUAAAGCCUGUGCUGGACGUCAAAGAUUCCAGUAUGUUUGUCAGGAACAAAAAAAAGCAACCUGUGUAAAUGUGCAUGAUCUGAACGUUUCCCAAAAUAGACUGUUGUAAAUUAUUGGAUCAAGAUGAAAGAGGUGCACCUCUCGCCUUUCCUAGAGUAAGAUAAGUUAUUAUUAUUUAUUAUGAAAACAAACAUAACUGAUCUUGUCAAUAAAACAAUUGCUUACUGCAUGCAUAA